AAUUAAAAACAUUUUUUUUAACAGCCGAUAUAAAACCCUAGCUGCUCAUACAGUUUCGGGUGAGAGUAGAGAGGGGUGAAGAUCCUGCGAAAAUGUCGAAGCGAGGGCGCGGAGGAUCGGCCGGUAACAAGUUCAGGAUGUCGCUGGGUUUGCCGGUGGCGGCGACGGUGAACUGCGCCGACAACACCGGGGCGAAGAACCUGUACAUCAUUUCAGUGAAGGGGAUCAAGGGUCGCCUGAACAGGCUUCCGUCGGCCUGCGUCGGCGACAUGGUCAUGGCCACCGUGAAGAAGGGAAAGCCUGAGCUCCGUAAGAAGGUCAUGCCCGCCGUCAUCGUCCGCCAGCGCAAGCCGUGGCGCCGAAAGGACGGUGUCUUCAUGUACUUCGAAGAUAAUGCUGGGGUUAUUGUGAAUCCUAAGGGUGAAAUGAAAGGAUCUGCCAUCACCGGUCCUAUUGGAAAGGAGUGUGCUGAUUUGUGGCCUAGGAUUGCAAGUGCCGCCAACGCCAUUGUCUAGACGAGACGUAGAAGUUUGCUGCAAUUCCCUUUAGUUUUGUGCCUGUUUCUGUGAUUUUGAAUCUUUCGACUAUUGAAUGUUGAGGAAUGAAUGCUGUUAUUCUCUAUCAGAUUUUUGUAAGAACUGGGCUCGUUUCUUAUCUGGAUUCGCUUAAUUAUUGUGAUACUGCUUUUUUGACUUCAUAUCCGGAUUACUCUUUAUUCUGAUUGAAGGUGCUCUUAGCU